AUGAUGACUUUCAUAUUUGAAAAAACAAAUAAUUUACAAUUUUUUAUUAAUAUUGCUGUGUUUCUCCUUUUAACAUGGAUAUGCCUUUUUAAUAGUGAUACAUUUAUAUUUCGUAAAUCUAUGGAAAAAAAUUGUCAUGUUGAUGGAGGAUUAGAUAAAAGAAAUUAUCGAUCGCUAGCAAAAUAUAAACCAGAUAAUUCAAAUGAUUUAUACUUGAAAGAAAAUUUUCAAAAUAAUGAAGUGAAUAAAAAAAAGGAUAUAUAUAGGAAUGAAAAAGUUGAAAAAGGAAAAAGCAAACUUUCAAAUAUAAGUUUAUUAAAUAAAAGUCAAUACUAUACAGAAGUUAUAGAUUACAAUAAAGCAAUAUUUGAUGGAAAACAUUUCCAUUUUGAAAAAAAAUGGAUAAAUAAAAAAGAUUAUGAUAAUUUUUUAGAUAAAAAAAGAAGGAUUUGCUAUAUAAAUUUGAAAAAAAUAAAAUUUAGAAGUUACAGAUACGGAGUUGCACUAUUUCUUAUUUUUCUUAUGUUGGGAGUAGGAUACAUUAUAGGAGAUAUAUAUGGUGUGGUAAAAAAUGCUGGGGAAUAUAUUAGAAACGCUUUAUCUUCGAUUAUUACAAUACCAGAAAGCUUAGAUCCCUAUACUUGUACAAUUUUAUAUGGCAUAGAUAUUAUUAUAUUUUCUAUUUUAAUUAUAAUAGCAAUUCCUAAAAUCUUAAAAAAUAAAGAAAUAUAUAAUAAAAUUAAGUUGAUGAAUGAAUAA